AGCUUUCCCUUGACUCCCAUUAACUUCCCUCACUCCCCCUUUCCGAUUCCCAUUCUCUCCCUCUCCGUUUCUCUAACAGAACCAAACGCUUAGCACGAUCUCCGUGUUAAGCCCAGACGACACAGAGCGAGCGAGCGAGCGAGGGAGAGAGAGAGAGAGAAGGCGACAAUGGCGGCCUCUCCGAGAUGGUUCUGCGUUUCUGCAUGCUUCGUGGCGGCGCUCCUGGUCCUGCUCGCAUCCGCGGAUGCCGCGAGGGACAUGGACGAGCUCGUCCGUUCCAAUGUUACGACCGCAGAGAAAACAGAGGACCUGCAGAGCUCGAAGAACUCGUCAAUGGCGGACCACAGCCCGGUCGAUGACGAUGAGGCCUGGGUUAAGGAGCACACGUUCGACGAUCCGGAAGAAGUGGUCUCAAUGGUCGAAAUGAGCAUCCGCAACAGCACAGAGAGAAGGAAGCUGGGAUUCUUCUCGUGCACCACGGGGAACCCCAUCGACGACUGUUGGAGGUGUGACCCCAAGUGGCACCAGCGCCGAAAGCGCCUCGCUGACUGUGCCAUCGGCUUUGGCAGGAAUGCUGUAGGUGGCCGAGAUGGUCGAUACUAUGUGGUUAGUGACCCACGUGAUGACGACCCAGUCAACCCACGGCCUGGGACCCUCAGACAUGCCGUCAUCCAGGACCGGCCCCUGUGGAUUGUGUUCAAGCGGGACAUGGUCAUUACCCUGAAGCAGGAGCUGAUAAUGAACAGCUUCAAGACCAUUGAUGGCCGUGGGGCCAACGUCCACAUAGCCAAUGGCGCCUGCGUCACUAUCCAGUUCAUCACCAACGUCAUCAUUCAUGGGGUCCACAUCCACGACUGUAAGCCAACUGGCAAUGCGAUGGUACGAAGCUCCCCAACCCACUACGGGUGGAGGACCAUGGCCGACGGGGACGCUAUCUCAAUCUUCGGCUCGAGCCAUAUCUGGAUUGACCACAACUCACUGAGCAACUGUGCUGAUGGGCUUGUCGACGCUAUCAUGGGCUCGACUGCCAUUACCAUCUCCAACAACUACUUCACUCACCACAACGAGGUGAUGCUUCUGGGCCACAGCGAUUCCUACACGAGGGACAAGGCUAUGCAAGUGACCAUUGCCUAUAACCACUUCGGCGAAGGCCUCAUUCAAAGAAUGCCAAGGUGCAGGCACGGGUACUUCCACGUUGUGAACAAUGACUACACGCACUGGGUGAUGUAUGCCAUUGGUGGAAGUGCAGACCCUACCAUUAACAGCCAGGGCAAUCGGUACCUUGCUCCAGUCAACCCCUUCGCCAAAGAGGUGACCAAGAGGGUGGAUACACCGGAUGGCAUGUGGAAGCACUGGAACUGGAGAUCUGAGGGGGAUCUUAUGCUGAAUGGUGCCUUCUUCAUGGCAUCGGGAGCAGGGGCUGCCGCCAGCUAUGCCAGGGCCUCCAGCUUAGGCGCCAAGUCCUCCUCCCUGGUUGGGUCCAUGACCUCCAAUGCCGGGGCUCUCGGCUGCCGCAGAGGCCGCACCUGCUUAUAAAAAAAAUAAAAAAAGUACUCCUCCUCCAAGAAUCCCAUGAAUAGAUUUUCUUAAAAAAGAGAAAAUAUAAGUGGAAAAAACAAUAAAAAAAGAAGAAGAAGAAGAAGAAGAAGAAGAAGAAGAAGAAGAGAGUUUUAGGUAAAUGGAUAAGAACCAGGAAGAAACAGAAAAGCUCGUUCUUUUUCUUCCCCCCAAAAUUGAUCAGUAUUCUUCUGCAAUUGUCCAGUGAAAAUGUUGAGGGAGUGUUGAGUGUACAUUGUGUACAAGUCUUUUAAGAUACGUAAGGAAAAAAAAUGAAAAGAACACUUGUCGGGGUGCCAUUUCCAUUUCUCGAUCGACCUCGGCCUGCCUUUUGAUGCCGGUAGAGCGUUGUUCACUUUCUCUCUGUAAUCUAUUUAUUUUAGCCGAAUCAGUAAACUUUGAUUUCGUGGUUA